AUGGCGUCCUCAAAAGUACCAGUGUACUCUCUAAAUGACCUGAAAAACACCACCGAUGACGCGUUCACGUACCUAGUCAGACUCCCCUCGCAAUAUGCCUUUAAGCGCAACAAUACCACAACCGACGUCCGUCUCAUUGUCGGAUAUACCGCUGUGAUCAUUGCCGGCGUCACUUUCUAUCUGGAUCGCCAGCUAGGCUGGGAAGCGACCGAGGCUGCCUGGGUAAAAGCCGCCGUGGUCGCGUACUUUACUCUCAACUCGAUCCUGACCUUUUGGAUCUGGGCCGUCGACGCGGGCGAAGUAUUCAAGGGGGAGAGGAAGUCUGGUGAAAGGAUCACAAUCAAAUCGUCUACGCAAAAACACAGCCCUCUAUAUAAACUCAAAAUCACCUACGCAGAUAAAUCAGGCAAGGUCAUACAACACAAGGAAAUCGAAGCCCCGUUCACUGUCUGGUUCUCUUCCGAGGGCGUGUUCCACCCAGAACCUUUGCGGAAAUGGCUAGCGAGUGAGAUUGAGAUUCUGUCAGAGGCAGAAAAAGAAAUCAUUCAAGAGACCAAGGGAAAGACGAAGUGA